CGUUUUCCAGUUUUCCCUGUGGCCGUCCUGAGUGAGUGAGUGAGUGGAAACCGGAGCCUGCCUGCAGCCUGCCUGCCUGCCUGGGAAUUUCGUGAAAGCACAUCAGCGGCCACUGCCAUGGCUGAACGCCGCGCCUUCGCCCAGAAAAUCAGCAGGACUGUGGCAGCAGAGGUCAGGAAACAGAUAGCUGGCCAGUAUGGAGGCUCCCCACAACUCUUCAAAAACCUCAACGUUGGGACCACAACAAGCAACACGGUUCCCCUCACAGAGGCGGUGGAGCCAGUGGAUUUUGAGGAGUACCUCAUCACUCACCCUCCCAUCGUUGAGUCAGGUCCCCUGAGAGAUCUGAUUGAGUUUCCCCCAGAUGAUAUAGAGGUCAUCUACACACCCAGGGAGUGUCGCACAGUGGUGCAAGCCGUCCCAGAGGAAGGGGAUACUGAUGCUCAUGUCAGAGACUGUGUCAGAUCCUACACAGAAGACUGGGCCGUCGUCAACAGAAAAUACCACAAGCUUGGUACAGGCUUUAACCCCAACACCCUGGACAAGCAGAAGGAGCGUCAGAAAGGCCUGCCCAAACAAGUGUUUGAGGCUGAUGAGAUGCCUGACAACAGCACCUACCAAGAUGACCAGGAUGACAUGAAGCGGCGGUCGAUGUCUAUAGAUGACACCCCACGUGGCAGCUGGGCCUGCAGCAUCUUUGACUUGAAGAACUCCCUACCCGAUGCCCUACUCCCUCACCUCCUUGACCGUGCCCCCAAUGAAGAGAUCGACAGGCACAAUGAAGAGCAGCGCAAGGCCAACCGCCACCGUGAACUCUUUGCUCUGCACCCCGCCCUUGAUGAGGAGGAGCCCAUUGAGCGCCACUGUGUGCCUGAAGUACCUAAAGAACACUUUGGCCAGAGGCUACUCGUCAAGUGCUUGUCCUUGAAGUUUGAGAUCGAAAUUGAACCCAUAUUUGCUAGUUUGGCCUUAUACGAUGUCAAGGAAAAGAAAAAGAUAUCAGAGAACUUUUUCUUCGACCUGAACUCUGAGCAGACGAAGUCGAUGCUGCGUCCCCACAUUCAGACAGCAGCCAUCUCCACGCUGGCACGCUCUGCAAUAUUCUCCAUCACCUACCCCUCCCAGGAUGUCUUCCUUGUCAUUAAGCUGGAAAAGGUACUGCAGCAAGGUGAUAUUGGAGAGUGUGCUGAGCCCUACAUGGUCUUCAAAGAGUCAGAUGCUGCUAAGAAUAAAGAAAAGCUGGAGAAGCUUCGCGGCCAGUCAGAACAGUUCUGCCAACGUCUUGGCCGCUACCGCAUGCCCUUCGCCUGGACCGCCAUCCACCUGAUGAACAUUGUGAACAGUGCUGGCAGUCUUGAGAGAGAUACAGAGCUGGAGAUGAGUCUAUCAGAGAGAAAAGGCUCAUGGUCAGAACGGAGGAACUCGAGCAUCAUGGGAAGGCGUUCCCUGGAGAGGACCACCAGUGGAGAUGAGUCAUGCAGUCUGACAGGCUUUAGACCUGCAACACUUACCAUCACCAACUUCUUUAAACAGGAGGGGGACAGGCUGAGUGAUGAGGACUUGUACAAGUUCCUAGCUGACAUGAGAAGGCCUUCUUCAGUGUUGAGGAGGCUCAGACCCAUCACAGCCCAGUUGAAGCUGGACAUUUCUCCAGCUCCAGAGAACCCCCACUAUUGCUUGACCCCUGACCUUCUGCAGGUUAAACCUUACCCAGACAGCAGGGUACGCCCCACCAGGGAGAUCCUGGAGUUCCCUGCCAGGGACGUCUAUGUGCCAAACACCACAUACAGGAAUCUGCUGUAUGUGAACCCUCAGAGUCUUAACUUUGCCAACCGCCAAGGCUCUGCCCGCAACAUCACAGUCAAAGUGCAAUUUAUGAAUGGAGAGGAUCCAAACAAUGCAAUGCCGGUGAUAUUUGGGAAGUCCAGCUGUGCAGAUUUUGCUAAAGAAGCCUAUACUGCUGUGGUGUACCAUAACAGAUCCCCUGACUUUCAUGAUGAGGUCAAGAUCAAGCUGCCUGCCUCCCUGUCGGACCACCACCAUAUUCUCUUCACCUUUUACCACGUCAGCUGCCAGCAGAAGCAGAACACACCACUGGAGACCCCAGUGGGAUACACGUGGAUCCCCAUGCUGCAGAAUGGGCGUCUGCGGACAGGGCACUUCUGUCUGCCUGUGUCUCUGGAAAAACCACCACAAUCCUACUCUGUCCUCUCACCAGAUGUUCCUCUCCCAGGGAUGAAGUGGGUGGACAACCAUCGAGGAGUAUUUAAUGUGGAAGUGGUGACUGUUUCAACCAUCCACACGCAGGAUCAGUACCUGGAUAAGUUCUUUGCCUUGGUGCACGCUCUAGACGAGCACAUGUUCCCAGUCAGAAUAGGAGACAUGCGCAUCAUGGAGAACAACCUGGAGGCCGAGCUCAAGUCAAGCAUUGCUGCACUCAACUCUUCCCAGCUGGAGCCAGUGGUUCGAUUCCUUCACCUUCUGCUCGACAAGUUGGUGUUGCUUGUAGUGCGGCCGCCAGUCAUUGCUGGGCAGAUAGUGAAUCUGGGCCAGGCAUCAUUCGAAGUCAUGGCAUCUAUAGUGAACCGGCUGCAUAAGUACCUGGACACCAGCCAGGACAUGCAUGGCCGCAACGGUCUGCUGUCCUCUUAUAUCCACUACGUCUUCCGCUUGCCCAGCACUGACCCCAACUCGCCCUCUCCAGACCCCAACUCAUCUGUAACAGGCCCCGGAGGGUUGGGAGGUUCAGUUCACUAUGCCACCAUGGCUCGCUCAGCUGUUCGACCAGCCAGCCUCAACCUCAACCGCUCCCGUAGCCUUAGCAACAGUAACCCUGACAUCUCUGGUACACCCACCUCUCCUGACGAUGAGGUCCGCUCCAUCAUUGGCAGCAAGGGCUUAGACCGCUCCAACUCGUGGGUGAACACCAUGGGCUGUAAGAGUGCCCCCUGGGGAUCCAGCCCUGGGUCCGCUCCAGAAACCAUGCAGGCCAUGGAGCGCUGUGGCAAUCGCAUGUCUUCGCACACUGAGAGCGCCAGUUUCUUGCAAACUUUAACAGGACGGUUGCCCACAAAAAAGCUCUUCCAUGAGGAGUUGGCCCUUCAGUGGGUGGUAAGCAGUGGAAGCGUCAGGGAGGGCGCUCUACAACAGGCCUGGUUUUUCUUUGAACUCAUGGUAAAGAGCAUAAUCCACCAUCUGUACUUCACUGAACGCUUAGAGUCACCCAGAAAGAACCGUUUCCCAGAACGCUUCAUGGAUGACAUCACAGCCCUGGUCAGCACCAUCGCUGGCGACAUCGUGUCUCGCUUCCAAAAGGACCUAGAGUUGGUGGAGAGACUAAACACCAGUCUGGCCUUCUUCCUCAAUGAUUUGCUGUCAGUCAUGGAUCGAGGCUUUGUCUUCACCCUAAUCAGAGCAUACUGGAAACAGGUGUCCACAAAGCUUUACACUCUGCAGAACCCAACCCUGGAGUCUUUGAGGCUUGAUUUCUUGAGAAUCGUUUGCAGCCACGAACACUACGUCACCCUCAACCUACCCUGCAGUCUGCUCACCCCGCCUGCCUCACCUUCCCCCUCUGUGUCUUCAGCAACUUCACAGAGCUCUGGGUUCUCCACACAUGUCCAAGACCAAAAGAUAGCCAACAUGUUUGAGUUGUCUGUCCCCUUCAGAGAGCAACACUAUCUAGCUGGACUGGUACUAUCUGAACUGUCUGUUAUACUCGACCCAGAAAAUGAGGGGAUGUUUGGACUACAUAAGAAAGUGGUAAGUGUCGUUCAUAACCUCCUGUCCAGCCAUGACUCUGACCCUCGCUAUGCCGAUCCUGAGGUCAAGGCCCGAGUCGCCAUGCUCUACCUGCCUCUCAUUGGCAUCGUCAUGGAAACACUACCACAGCUGCAUGACUUUACAGAGUCCCAUAACCAGUGGGGUCGGCCAGGCGGUCCCCAGGGGGCAGCGAUGGGCGGCAGUGGAGAAGAGGCAGAGGGAGAGGGUAACAGUCUGAUCAACCAGACUGUCGCCAUGGCGAUAGCAGGCACAUCCACCCCCUCCCCGAUGUCCCGACCAAGCAGCUUUUUGCUCAACUCGCAGGCAAGUCGUCAGCACGGUAGCUUCUCGGCCGAGUCAAGUCGCAGUCUGCUCAUCUGUCUGCUGUGGGUGCUGAAGAAUGCUGACGAGCUGGUAUUACAGAAGUGGUUCACAGACCUGUCUGUGUCCCAGCUCAACCGCCUGCUGGAUCUCCUCUACCUCUGCGUCUCCUGCUUCGAGUACAAGGGGAAGAAGGCGUUUGAACGAAUGAACAGCCUGACCUUUAAGAAGUCCAAAGACAUGAAGGCCAAGCUGGAGGAGGCCAUACUGGGCAGCAUCGGGGCCAGACAGGAGAUGGUGCGACGGAGCCGGGGACAGCUAGAGCGGAGUCCAUCUGGCAGUGCUUUUGGCAGUCAGGAGAACCUUCGAUGGAGGAAGGACAUGACCCAUUGGAGACAAAACAGCGAAAAGAUGGACAAGACCAGAGCAGAGCUGGAACAUGAAGCACUUAUUGAUGGUAACCUUGCGACGGAGGCCAACAUAAUUAUUCUUGAUACUCUGGAGAUCAUUGUACAGACGGUAUCAGUGACGGAGUCGAAGGAGAGUAUCCUGGGCGGGGUGCUGAAGGUGUUGCUCCACAGCAUGGCAUGCAACCAAAGCGCCCUCUACCUCCAGCAUUGUUUUGCCACACAGAGGGCGCUGGUGUCUAAGUUUCCUGAACUGCUGUUCGAGGAGGAAACGGAGCAGUGUGCUGACCUGUGUUUGCGAUUGUUGAGGAGCUGCAGCAGCAGCAUAAGUACCAUCAGGGCCCAUGCCAGCGCCUCCCUCUACCUGCUCAUGAGGCAAAACUUUGAGAUUGGCAAUAACUUUGCAAGAGUGAAGAUGCAAGUCACCAUGUCUCUUUCAUCGCUGGUGGGAACGUCUCAGAAUUUUAACGAGGAGUUUCUGCGUCGCUCUCUUAAGACCAUCCUCACCUAUGCAGAGGAGGACCUGGAGCUGAGGGAGACCACGUUCCCAGACCAGGUCCAGGACCUUGUGUUUAACCUGCACAUGAUCCUGUCUGACACAGUCAAGAUGAAGGAGCACCAGGAAGACCCUGAGAUGCUGAUAGAUCUCAUGUACAGGAUUGCAAAGGGUUAUCAGACGUCACCAGACCUGCGGCUGACUUGGCUUCAGAACAUGGCUGGAAAACACUCUGAGAGAAACAACCACGCUGAGGCUGCUCAGUGUCUGGUGCACAGCGCUGCUCUGGUCGCAGAAUACCUGAGCAUGCUGGAGGACCGCAAGUAUCUGCCUGUAGGCUGUGUCACCUUCCAGAAUAUUUCUUCCAACGUGCUGGAAGAAUCUGCGGUCUCUGAUGAUGUGGUGUCACCAGAUGAGGAGGGCAUUUGCUCAGGGAAAUACUUCACUGAGAUCGGCCUCGUGGGACUCCUGGAGCAGGCUGCUGCCUCAUUCUCCAUGGCGGGCAUGUAUGAGGCCGUAAAUGAAGUGUACAAGGUACUGAUCCCUAUCCACGAAGCCAACAGGGACGCUAAGAAGCUAGCCACCAUUCAUGGUAAACUACAGGAAGCAUUUGGCAAAAUUGUACAUCAGAGUACUGGCUGGGAGAGGAUGUUUGGUACGUACUUCAGAGUCGGAUUUUACGGUUCAAAAUUUGGCGACUUAGACGAGCAGGAGUUUGUGUACAAAGAGCCUGCCAUCACGAAGCUGGCGGAAAUCUCUCACAGGCUAGAGGGUUUCUAUGGGGAACGAUUUGGAGAGGACCAGGUAGAAGUCAUUAAGGACUCCAACCCAGUGGACAAGUGCAAGCUGGACCCAAAUAAGGCCUUCGUCCAGAUCACAUAUGUGGAGCCGUACUUCGACACGUACGAGAUGAAGGACCGCAUCACUUACUUUGACAAGAACUACAACUUGCGGCGUUUCGUCUAUUGCACGCCCUUCACUCUGGAUGGGCGGGCCCACGGGGACCUGCACGAACAGUUCAAACGCAAGACCAUCCUCACCACCUCCCACGCUUUCCCUUACAUUAAGACACGCAUCAACAUCAUCCACAAAGAGGAGAUUAUAUCCACACCCAUCGAGGUGGCGAUAGAGGACAUGCAGAAGAAGACUCAGGAGCUGGCCUUCGCCACCCAUCAGGACCCUGCUGAUGCAAAGAUGCUGCAGAUGGUCCUACAGGGAUCAGUAGGCACAACUGUCAACCAGGGUCCUUUGGAGGUGGCUCAAGUGUUCUUGUCAGAGAUUCCCAGUGACCCAAAGCUAUACAGACACCACAAUAAGCUACGGCUCUGCUUCAAAGACUUCACAAAGAGGUGUGAAGAUGCCCUGCGUAAGAACAAGAGCCUGAUUGGUCCAGACCAGAAGGAGUACCAGAGGGAGCUGGAGAGGAAUUAUCACCGACUGAAGGAGGCGCUGCAGCCCCUCAUCAACAGAAAGAUCCCUCAGCUUUAUAAACCUGUGCUGCAGGUCAACUCACACAGAGAUUCCUUCAGCAGAAUGAGUCUUCGCAAGCUUGACAUUUGAAGAUGAAGACACUACAGACACACACACACACGCACACACAUUACAGAAAUUGCAAUAUUAAUUUAUUCUCAAGUGUAAAUAGGAGUGUCUCCAAAGUUGGUCAGUGUUUCGGAGAGUGUGUUAAAAGAAAGGCUAAACGUGUUGCAGCUUGGUACGUCAUUCCAGUGUCUUAAGUUGUUUACAGGCAAACUGUUACACAAUCAGAGGGACGAACAAGUGGAUCUUAAAGAUUAAAGAGAUACCUUGACAUUUAGAAUUUUUCUUUGCUGGCCUUUUGCCACACGGGGGGACAUGUCUUUAUAUUCGUCCCUACGCAACCAUUUUUAAAAAAAGCUAAUCAUGUUAGCCUUCGGUUCUGAAAGCAACAGAAUCUGCUGGAUGUAAACAAACAAGCCACUGAAAACCAAGAAUGCUCUGUGAUCCCUUUAUUAGUGACUUAUAGUGCCAAAACAAUUUUUAUUUUAUUUCAGCAGAAAAGGUACAAUUUUAAAAGUCAAGGUGUCUAUUUAAUUAUGUACUAUGUGUCAAAAAUCUGUAUUCAAUUUCAUGUGUGCACUUUUUUUAUUACGGUGUAGCAAUGCAUUUUACAACUUGAAAGUUUAUGUAAUUCAAAAUGGAGGGGGGGAGAAAAAAAUGAAAACAUGCAAAAAAUGGUACCAUUAUUUAUCAUGACGCUUUAUUAUCAUUUUUAGUUGAAAGAAUGUUUUAAAGUUAGGUACUUCAAACAUCCUUGUAUAAUUUUAUGUAGUUUUGUUUUGUUUAUUUUAAAUAUUUUACUAAAUAAAUAUUUUAAUGUUCA